CGGUUUAAACAGUCACGGUUCCGCCAGCAAGCACGCGUCGGCAACCGAGAAUCAAUCCAAAGGGUCAGCAUAAUAACAACUUGCAGGAAAACCUCAGCCAUAAAAUCACAACCAGGUGAGGGGUAGGGUAUAAAACCUUUACAGACCACGCCGAGAUGUUUAAACUCGAGGGGUUAGAGCCGAAAAUGGACCCAGAGGAGAUGAAGAAGAAGAUGCGACAGGAUGUCAUCUCGUCCGUGCGCAAUUUUCUAAUCUAUAUUGCCCUUCUCAGAGCCACUCCAUAUAUCUUGAAGAAGUUGGACAGCAUUUGAGACCAUCUACCUCCAGUAUUCCCACACUCAGGCAGUUUAAUGAAUCAAGGACUAUGGACAUCACCAUAACAGGGGCACAGUUAACAAAGGGACGAGCGGCGAGCUAAACACCAUCAUGGAUCCUAUAUGGAAGACUUCUUUAUAGGCUAUAAUGGAGACAUUACGUUGUCCCCCAUUGCACUUGAAUACUAAGAUGUUGUAAUUUGUAGUCAUCGACGUGUCAUCUGUUAUUUUUAAUGGUUGCCUUUUAGUGGUCAAUAAGAGAAAAACAUCUGAUUGUGUUUUUGUUUUGAGUGUUUUUGCAGAUCUUUUCCAUGGUCCCUCAAUGAAUGAGAGUUGUGUAAUUGGAAUUUUGUUGGACAUCACAUGCAAUAAAGGGAAGAUGUGUUUAAAUAUUGA